UGAGGUUGAAUUCAUGUUCAUAUUUUGUUUUUCCUAAUGGUUUUGUUUCAAGGUUCUUCACAAAGUUUGGGAUAAUUGGAGGCUCUGUGUACAUUAUUUAUGACCAGGACUUAUUUGGAAAUGGGGAGCGCAGUUUGGAGAUAUUGAAGACUACGUCAAAUGUGCUACCCGUUGCUAUGGAUCACUGGGCCAAGUAUUUUGGUGUGGAGCUACCAGAGGUUCCCAAGCUGAACGUUCCCAUUAAUGAGUACUGGAAUACAGGUGUUGAAGCUACCGCAGGCUUCUUGUCAGCUGCACCUACAAAAUGUAACGAAUACACUCAGAAAGGUUGGCAAUACGUCAAAAACCUCACCAACAAAACAGAGUAAACAGCUCCAUCAUUAUAAUAGUUUUUGUUCAUGACCACAAACUGUAACAAAAUGUAAAUAAUUACAUGAUGGUAAUAAAAUGUGUUUGAAUUUA